AAGAGCAGAAAGUUGACGAAAGAGUUUGCAAAGUAUUGUUUUGAGUAUUUUUAGUGGAUUAUCAACUGAUUCAUAAGCGAAAUGCCGCUGCCAGCAGCUCUGUUGGCUCGGCUUUCCAAGAGAGGCAUUGUUGAAGCAAAACCAGACACUAAGACAUCAACGAAGCCUGAGGAAGUUGAGGAGGUGUUUGCUGAAGAUUAUGAUGAUCCCUCAAGACCGGAGAAUGUAAGCCAGCCAGAGCCGGAACCUCCACAACCGCAGCCCCUUGUUCCUGCUCCGAUACCUCAAGCUGUACUGGACAUCGCAGGGGAUGGACCCAUUUUCUUUGAUACUACAGCUUGUCCCAACAGGCUCAAUCCUUACCACGAAUGUCUUGCUUACUGCCGCAAAAGAUAUGGAAUGAGAGAAUGGGAUCCAGAUGAUGAUGUGAUCAGAAGGCGAGACAGAAUGCUCCGGAAGUACCCUUUGCCAAGUGGAUGGGUGGAAGUUGGAGAUUAUGAUACGGGCCGCUACUAUUAUUGGAAUGUGAACACAGACGAGGUGUCUUGGUUGUCUCCCUCACAUCCCAAAGCUCAAGUCACAAGGUCUGCUGAAGCUUUAGGGUUAGUUGGCAAAAUUGGCAACCUUGACAGUGAUGGUGAGGAGCCCAUGGAGACCGUCCAGGAGGAAGCGGAGACUGAUAGUGGCAGUGACACAUCAUUGUCUGACGAGGAGGACUUUAUCGACAAACGAGGACGUGUGCGUGACCGAGGAAGGGUGCCAGAACUGAGGAAAGGACAUAAAAGAGAGGAGCUUGACCCAAUGGACCCCGCAUCGUACUCAGACAUCCCACGAGGUGGCUGGACGGACGGACUGGAUACAAGAGGGAAGGCCAAGACAGGUGUUGACGUGACUGCCUCGGGUCCACUUUUCCAGCAGAGACCAUAUCCAAGCCCAGGAGACAUUCUCAGGGCCAAUCAGACUUUGAAGAAGAAAAAGUGACCCUAGUGAUUUGCAGUUGGGCUGGGGGGUAUAUCUGUCAUUGUGUUCAUGUUCUGGUGGUGAUUAAACUUUUCAUUUUACAUUUCAAA